UUUUCGCCGGGACGCGCGUCAGACGCGUCGCAUUUCACCGUCUACUUACGGCCGCUUCAACUUUCUUUCUUCUUUCUCCGCCUGCUGGAAGAGGCAUUUUCUCGAGUGGAGAGUAUAUAACGAGCGAUUCGUUAUGGCCAGUUCGAUAUCGACGAUGUCAGCAGCGCUGCUGCUCAUAGUCAGCCUCGUCUCCCAGACCCAUUCCCAAUGUCUCACCGGCAACGACAAUCCUUCGACGAUGCGCCAAGACGCCGCUCAGCUUCUGAGCGACGCGCGCUUCGACUUUGCCCUCGAGUCUCUGAAAAAGAUCGCAGAAAUCGAGACCCAGGACAACAUCUUCUUCAGUCCGCACAGCUUACACGAGGCUCUGGGACUCGCUUACUUCGGUGCCAGAGGCACGACCGAAGCUGCCCUGAGGAAGGCUCUUCACGUGCCACAGGACUUCUCCAAGGUCGACGUGCAGAGGUUCUACGCGUUCGAGAAGUCGUUCGAGGCUGCGAGAAAGGCAAACUCAUCGGCGAACUACGACUACAGAGUAGCCAACAGGCUGUGGCUCAGCGGCGCGAAGAAGCUUCGCGAAUGCAUGCUGGAUUUCUUCGGUCAGGAGCUUCAGCGCGUCGACUUCAAGUCCAACCCCGAGGCGGUGCGCAAGCAGAUCAACGACUGGGUUAGCGACCAGACUCGUGGAAACAUCCGUGAUCUUCUGCCAGCGAGUGCCGUUGACGAGAGCACCGACGCUGUCCUCGCCAACGCCGUCUACUUCAAGGGACUCUGGCAGAGCAAGUUCCUGCCCGAGAACACCAAGAGGGACGUCUUCUACUUGGGCCAGGACAACAUGACCAUCGCUCAGUUCAUGAAGCAGAAGGGAUCGUUCAAUCACAUGGUCUCCGAAGAGCUCGGCGUGCACAUUCUCCAGCUCCCCUACAAGGGCGACGACGUCUCGAUGUACAUCCUCCUGCCUCCCUUCGUGUCCACCCAGCAGGUCGCCCAGCGUUCCGCCAGCCAGCCCAAGUCCGACGGUGUCCGUCAACUCCUCCAGCGUCUCUCCGACAACAGCGACAGCGCCAAAGAGCUUCGGGACAUCCUGGACAACGGGAUGCCUGCGCGCGAUGUCGAGCUCGCCAUCCCCAAGUUCAGUCUCGAACGAGAGCUGCCCGUGAAGGAUCUGCUCGUCGCCAUGGACGCCGGAGUCGUCUUCGACACCAGCUCGGACUUCACUGGCUUCGUCGCUGAUGGAGAAAAGGGUAUCCAUCUCGGCGACGCCGUCCACCGGGCCAAGAUCGAGGUCACCGAGGAGGGAACCACCGCAGCCGCUGCCACUGCUCUGUUCAGCUUCAGAUCCAGCAGACCCACCGAACCGGCUUUCUUCACUGCUAAUCAUCCGUUCGCUUACUUCAUCUACGACAGACCCUCGCGCACUGUUCUCUUCGCCGGUAUCUUCCGUAAGCCUAACAAGAAGUAAAAUGGUUUGAUUUACGGUCGCGCAGAGCUUUGUGAAUUUGUAUGCUGUAGCAAAUGACGCACCGGAGUACGAUUCUUUAUUGCGACGAAAACUUGUAAAGUUGGAGAUAUGAUUCUAUAAGGCUCGUACUUAUGUCAUCGACGUCGAUUGUAACGGAUGGAAUUUUUAUAUGUGCGAUAGUUUUAAGCGAAAACGCGUUGAAAUAAGUAUAGGCUGACUACUCUGAGGGUCUUGGAGUGAGAAUGAGUGAAGUUGAAAACGCUCGGUUUGUAGAGCAAAGAAUGUGCGAAAUUUUUUAUCUAAAUUUCGUUUAUUUAUUUUUGAUUCUCGAUACGUCGGUCACUCAAAUUCACUUUCGGAAAAACAGAAGAUCAGAGGCGAGUUGUGUAAAUAAGUGCGGCUAACAUUGAUUUUUCAUUUUCGUUUAGUUUGUAAGAUGUGUUAAUCUGUAUUUUACAGUUGAUAUGCACACAUAUGUUUUAAAAUAUAAGUAUGCUUUCUAUUUAAGUGAAGUGAGAUUGUUUUAUAUACUUCAUCCAGUAAUUAAAAGGACUGUGUGAUCUUCAUUCUCACGCAUAACUCUUAGUAUCAUGCUAAAGGACAGGUGACCAAAAAUAAUAAUUGCGUCUAAUAACGACGAAAACAUCAAUUAAAUGUUGUGCUCAAACAGUAAGCGAUGCAUUUCUAUGUUGUAAAUAAGUUAAAUUUUCUGUUGAUCAUUUGUUUUAUAAAAAAAACCGCUUUGGUUUUUAUAGUACACCAAGACAUUUUGGUAUUUCUUUCCAAAUGUGUUUAAAAAUUAUAAACAGUUUUUCAUUGUACAAUUAAAAAUGAAAAUAGACGGAAUAAUUUUUUUCAAGUG